AUGAUUGCAAUUGACUUGGAGUUUCAGCAUUGGCAAUGGCAGUACCAGAUUUCAACCACAUUUGUCCUAUUCGUGAUCCUCCCAUUUCUAUACUAUGUCUAUUGCAAAUACGUCACGUCCUCCCCCAAUGGAUACAACAAGUUGGAGAGUCCCGUUAAGAUCACCCUUGCGAUUCCAGAAGAGGCCCGACCAAACUGGAAGGGAAAGAGGUUGUACCCCAAACCAAGGCUCAUUGUCGAGAAUGAGCCGACCAAGAUCCAAAGCUAUUGUCCUGCCACGGGUCAGGACUUGGGCGUUUUCGCAGCCACGAGCCGGCUGGAUAUGGACGAGAUGAUUGCCAAGGCAGCCAAGGCGCAAAAGGCAUGGGCCAACAGCUCAUUCAUUGCGCGACGCAAAUUGCUCAAGACGUUGGCAAGGUACAUUUUGGAGAACCAGGAAAUCAUUGCGCGCGUCGCUUGCAGAGACUCGGGCAAGACCAAGCUUGAUGCGUCAAUGGGCGAGAUCAUGGUGACGUUGGAAAAGAUUAACUGGAUAGUGGCACACGGCGAGCGGUGCUUGAGGCCCAGUCAACGGCCCGGUCCUUCGAAUUUCCUCUUGGGGUUCAUGAAAAAUGCCGAGGUCAGGUACGAGCCCAUGGGGGUAGUCUCGGCCAUCAUUUCGUGGAAUUACCCCUUCCACAACUUGAUGGGCCCCAUCUUGGCGGCCUUGUUCACGGGGAAUGCCAUUGUGGUCAAGUGUUCGGAAAAUGUCGUUUGGUCGAGCAUGUGGUAUGUGGAAAUGUGCCGCACGGCGUUGAAAACUUUGGGAAUCGAUGAGGAUUUGAUCCAGUUGUGCUAUUGUUUCCCACAAGAUGCAAACUACUUCUCAUCGCACCCCGGGUUGAACCAUCUUACAUUUAUCGGCUCGCAGCCAAUUGCGCAGCAUGUGGUGGCGAAUGCCGCGAAACAAUUGACACCCUGUGUCGUUGAACUCGGAGGCAAGGAUUCCUUCAUUGUGUUGGACGACGUCAAGGACCUUAAUGCAAUCUCGUCGAUUGCCCUUCGAGGAACGUUUCAAAGCGCAGGCCAAAACUGCAUUGGUAUAGAGAGGGUGAUUUGCCUCCCGAAAGUAUAUGACGAAUUGGUGCAAAUCUUCACCACGCGGGUGAAAAAUUUCCGGGUUGGCUCUGACAUUGAUCAACUGGACGAGAUCGACAUGGGCGCCAUGAUUUCCGAUAAUAGGUUCCACCAACUCGAGGAGUUGAUCCUGGAUGCGGUGUCCAAGGGCGCCAGGCUCAUCCACGGCGGCAAACCUUAUCAUCACCCAAACUACCCCCUGGGCCACUACUUUGAGCCAACUUUGCUCGUGGACGUGGACAAUACGAUGAAGAUCUUCAACCAGGAGGUGUUUGGCCCGAUCUUGACCAUGAUCAAAGCCAACAGCGUGGAUCACGCAAUCGAGCUAGCCAACGGCUGCGAUUACGGAUUGGGCAACUCGAUAUUUGGGUCCAACUUCAGACAAUUGAGCAGCUUGGCCAACCAGUUGAAAAGCGGCAACGUUGCCAUUAACGACUUUGCCACGUUUUACGUGGCGCAGUUGCCGUUUGGCGGCGUCAAGAAAUCAGGGUACGGCAAAUUUGGAGGCGAAGAAGGGCUACUUGGCCUCUGCAAUGCCAAAUCUGUGGUGAUGGACAAACCUCUCUUGAGGAUGCUUGGAGUGGCCACGGCAAUCCCACCGCCAAUCGAUUAUCCCAUCCGCGACGACAAGAAAGCGUGGGGGUUUGUCAAGAGUUUGAACGUGGCGGGCUACGACGGCAGAGUAUGGGCCAAGAUCAAAGCAUUUACAAGGUUAGCCAAAGGUGGGGAGUGA